GACUCAUCAAUAGUCCUGCAGCUCCGCUUUCCCUGCACGCCUUGCCACACACACACUUUUUUUUUCCUCCCCUUGUUGUAAUUUUUUUCUCUCCCUUCUGGCUGGACAGACUCCUCCUCUUUUCUUAAGUUGCUCCGAUUUGUGAAUUGUAAUCCUCAGAGUACUACCUACUCUUACCAGCAGCAAUCACUUUCUCUUCCUCGUUGCCUCCCCUCUUUUGCCCCCCUUCUUUCCCCCUUCCUAAUCUCCUGGGAAUCUUUUACCUUGUCUUUUGGGCAGUCCGCUUGAAGAAUCCCACCGCUGGAAAAGGUUUCGAUCAAGAAGAAAGAAUUUCCUUUCUCUUUGCCCCCCACCCCACCCCGAGGAAAUUUUAACACCAGCAUACUAUCAAGAAGAUCUUUUCCCUCGAGAUAUCGAUGACUAAAAGUAACGGAGAAGACACAAGAUCGGGCAAUAGGAUGGAGCGCAUCCAGCAAGGAGUCCGGAAACGUACACUCAUGGCAAAAAAGAAGGUGCAGAGCAUCACAAAGGAUGAUGUGAAAAGUUACUUACUGAGGAAUUUUUUUGUGCUGUUCACCAUCAUUGCAGUCAUUGUCGGUGUUAUCCUUGGAUUUGGUCUCCGGUCAUACAACUUCAGCUAUCGAGAAGUGAAGUACUUUUCCUUCCCUGGUGAACUUUUAAUGAGAAUGCUACAGAUGUUGGUUUUGCCGCUCAUUGUGUCCAGCUUAGUAACAGGAGUUGCUGCACUGGACAGUAAAGCAUCGGGAAAGAUGGGACUUCGAGCAGUCGUCUACUAUAUGAGCACCACAAUCAUUGCUGUCCUGAUUGGAAUCAUCAUGGUGGUUAUAAUUCACCCUGGGAAAGGAUCUAAAGAAAAGAUGCACCGAGAAGGCAAGAUAGUGCGAGUGACAGCUGCCGAUGCCUUUCUGGACCUAAUCAGAAAUAUGUUUCCUCCAAAUCUGGUAGAAGCCUGCUUUAAACAGUUCAAAACCAAUUAUGAGGAACGGGUUCCUCGAGCGACACACGAUUCAAAUGAAACAUCUCUCCUCAAUGGCAUUAUCAACAACGUUUCAGAAGCAAUGGAAAACCUCACGAUGUUGAAAAGGGAAAUGAUCCCUGUUCCAGGGGCUGUCAAUGGAGUGAAUGCACUUGGACUGGUAGUGUUCUCAAUCAGCUUUGGACUGGUGAUUGGGAACAUGAGGGAGCAAGGAAGGGCACUGAGAGAAUUUUUUGAUAGCCUUAAUGAGGCCAUCAUGCGGCUGGUUGCACUAAUCAUGUGGUAUGCACCACUUGGUAUCUUGUUUUUGAUUGCUGGGAAAAUUGUUGAAAUGGAAGAUAUGGGGGUCAUUGGAGGCCAGCUUGCCAUGUAUACUAUCACCGUUAUCAUUGGCUUGCUCAUCCAUGCUAUUGUUGUUCUCCCAUUGAUCUAUUUCUUAAUUACUCGAAAGAACCCUUGGGUCUUUAUUGGAGGAUUACUUCAAGCUCUCAUCACGGCCUUGGGAACAUCAUCAAGUUCUGCCACCUUACCGAUCACAUUUAAGUGUUUGGAAGAGAAUAAUGGAGUGGAUAAGCGCAUUACGAGAUUUGUGCUCCCUGUUGGUGCGACCAUUAACAUGGAUGGGACAGCUCUAUAUGAGGCGCUGGCUGCAAUUUUCAUCGCACAGGUUAAUAAUAUGGAUCUAAAUUUUGGACAGAUUAUCACAAUCAGCAUCACAGCUACAGCUGCCAGCAUUGGUGCAGCAGGGAUUCCUCAGGCCGGUCUGGUCACUAUGGUGAUUGUAUUGACAUCUGUCGGUUUGCCUACAGACGAUAUCACUCUCAUCAUUGCCGUGGAUUGGUUUUUGGACCGUCUACGCACCACUACCAACGUCCUGGGAGAUUCCAUUGGUGCAGGGAUUGUAGAACAUUUGUCGCGGCAUGAGUUGCGGAGCAAGGAUGCCGAGAUGGGCAAUUCUGUGAUAGAAGAGAAUGAAAUGAAGAAGCCUUACCAGCUGAUCUCACAAGAGAAUGAGAAUGAAAAGCCCUUAGACAGUGAAACCAAGAUGUAAGGCCGAAGACCCGAGACAAAAAACGCCGGAUUACGUGGGAAGUGUACACUUUGUCCAGUCCUUUCUGUAUCUUGUCUAUUUGUCCUACUUUUUCAUUCUCUAUCCAAACAGAGCACUGAAAAGAUUUAGGGGUUGCCUAGACAUGAGAGACAUGGAGCUGUGUCACGAAUAAGGGCUCUUUGGCUCUUCCUUUUUGUAAUGCUAGGUAGGCACAAUAUUAAAGUGUGAUGUCAUUUUUGUGUGUGCCUUACCCUUCUCCCGCAGCUGUUGAAGCAAAAGGAGAGGAACAGACAUGACACCAGGUCAGAUGUUGUGUUUGCCUAGAUGUUACGCAGAAGAAAGAGAAAUGGAAUGGCAGCAACCUCAUUUCUUGCCAUGUCUAGUUAUGCCUUUAGUCUACAUUAGUUGUGAUUGCAGUAUGUAAUUGUGCCCCAAGAAAGAGAGAAAGAAAAGAAGGAAGGAAGGAAGGAAGGAAGGAAGGAAGGAAGGAAGGAAGGAAGGAAGGAAGGAAGGAAGGAAAGAAGGAAAGAAAGAGGCAUCACACAGUCGUGUGGUGAGAUAUGCUUGAGAAUACACAAUAUUUUUAAUCAGAUUAUCAAUAAUUUUCAAGUGUACAUGUUUCUUAGUCCUGAAAAUGUGAUCGCACUUAAUAGAAGCUGAAAAGCAACACAGAGAGGAAAUCCUGAAAGGUUUUAUUUGUUUCAAUGACUUUUACACAUUUUUAACACCACUAAGGCUGCAGCCUCUUAUCUGGGAGUAUGCAUUAUAUUCAACGAAAUGGUUGUAUAUCCUCAUUCAAAGUAGGCUUGUAUAGAAUAGCAGUGCAAAGCUGUUUUUAAACCUAAUGCUAUCCUCCAGAGCAGUGAGUAGCAAAUUCAUUUUUGAAAAAACAUCUUUUCCUUAUUUUAUUGUCAUAAGAGCAGUAAAUGUAGGAAUACUGAUGAUUGUUAUUAUUAUUGAGGAUUAAAUACUCUCCAUAUUUCACGUUUAUUACCAGCUAAAUAAAAAGGACAUACCGUAUUUUCAUUCAUACCCAAUGGGAUAUUUUUGGAUCAGGAAAACCUUAAUUUCCUGAUGCUGUGCACCUUCAAGUCCCAUUGACUUCCUAGAUCAUGAACCUCCAAUUAUCUCUGUGUAAUGUUAUGCUCCUCUUUGGAUUACAAUACUACUAUUUAACACAAGUACUGAUAACCUAUGCACAGAGUCUUUCCAGGAUCAGAGAUCUAAUAUAUGUAUAUAUAUAUAAAUAUAUACACAUGCACUUUGGAAAAGGAACUGUAUCUUCAAGCCUCCACUACUGUGAGGGCUGCUAAAAACUGUGGUUACCACAUCAGUGUAGGCUUUCAAAAUAGCUGCUGGGCAUCCAUUUCCCUUUGGAAAUUAUCAAACCACCUGCACAAGCCAGGACCCACCAAGUGUUGAAUGUAGCCAGGUAUCAGAAGCUGAUAAAAUGCCUUGCUUUUGCUGCCUGCCAGGCAACAAAACAAGAGAAUUGACAAGCAUCAGACAGACUAUAACGCACAGCUAGUGUUCAGCUUCUUCAUGGGUUACAGAAUGUGUAGGUGGGACUUAGAUAUGUGUAGCUACACAUUGAAUGACUUUAAAAGGCAAUUCAAUGUUCGCUACAAAUUGGUAUCCUAAAUCACAUUUUAAGAGUGUUUCUCUCCACUGUUCAUGCACACCCAUUUAAAUGUUGUGGCUGCUCCAGUGAAUCUUGUAAAUUGUAGCUUAGUCUGGGUACUGUGAAUAUUCCUAUCUCUGGAAAGAAGAGAGUAGUAUGCCAGUUUAAAUCUUAGAGCUGAGUGUUCAAACUCUACUUCUGCAAAAAGUACAUUGCAUUUGGCCACCUAAAGGUGAAGACAGCCAUUCCAGAGUGUUGGAAAUGCGCUUUUUAAAAAGGCACGUUUAUUCUAUUUCCAUCCAAUUAAUUUUCAAAGCAGACACUGGAUAUAUCUGCUGAUAACACUAAAUCAUAAUUUAGCACUAUGUGCGUGAUACAGAAGAAGGAAUAGACUUUUGCUUUAGCAGAUUCCUAACUUGUUGCUAUAUACAGAACAGGAACUGUAGCUUAAAAUACACUUUGGUUGGUGAAUCAAGCCUGAAAAACCCCACAGUGUUUGUUGUUCACUUAUCGCACAAUUGACUAAUGAGAAUGAGGCCAUGGCUUUGCACAGGCUUCUUUCUACUGAAGCACAGAGGGCUGCGUUAUUGUUCAGCGUUAAAUGCAAACUCAUCCACUGUGAGGUCAAGCCACUUAUGCACAAUUAAAAUGUCUGUCUAUCUUCAUCCUUAACUAUCUAACAAGAUACUUCUUUGAAAAUCUCUGCUACAAAUUAAAUGAGAAUAUACAGAUGAACUGGUAGGCAGCAGAACAUGCAGAGCAUCUGACAGGGUUCAAUAACAUUUCCACUGCCACAUUUGAAAUUUUUUUCGUGUCAGGAGUAACUUGAGAAACUGCAAGUUGCUUCUGGUGUGAGAGAAUUGGCUGUCUUCAAGGACGUUGCCCAAGGGAUGCUCGGAUGUUUUACCAUCCUGUGGAAGACUUCUCAUGUCCCCGCAUGAGAAGCAGGAGCUGACAGGUGGGACCUCACCCCCGCUCCCCAGAUUCAAAUUGCCAACCUUUCGGUCAGCAGUCCUGCUGGCACAAGUGCCACCGAGAGCUCCUUUUGAAUUGCUUAGCACAGGAAAAAGCUUUCAAGAAGGGUGGGCUUCCAUUUAAUUUGACCUGUUUUAUUCACUAUAGAUUUUUUUAAAGGAGACUUUUUGCUGCAUGUGCAAAAAUAAAAAUAAUAUUAAAAAUAUUUUUUAAGAACAGUUAUCCAUUCUAGCAAAUUCCUCAGCAUCAAGAGUUGUCAGUAGCGUAUUAGAAAAUUAAAACCAAUGGCUGGUUUUAAUUUUCUUUUCUAAGUUCUUCAGCAGUAUUUCCGAAAGCAGAUGCAGUGCAUUAGCUGUCACUUCAGUGUUUCAAGGUUAAAACUUCACCUUUGCCCUUGAGACUCCAUUCAUUUGGUCACAGAUGUUAAAGAAUCCUGAAAAACCCAAGACCUAUGAUAUCAGCACAGCAAAGUUGCCAUCUGCUAAGAUGUUCUCCACUGAUGUUUGCUUAUAUUAAUUGUUUAUCUGGGGGAAAAAUGCUUCAAGUCAUUGAGGAUAACCUAACCCUGCAUUCAUGCACUGACACUCCCUGGUGAAAUAAUAAAAGGAAGUGCUGAUUCAACAGCCACUAGAAAGAUUGAAGCUCAUAAUUAAUAUUCUUUCCAGAGUUUCCAAAGCAUCUAAUUUCCCAAAUCCUUAACUAGGGCCCUUCUAUACUGCCCUAUAUCCCAGGAUCUGAUCCCAGAUUAUAUGCUUUAAACUGGAUUAUAUGAGUCUCCACUGCCAGAUAAUCUGGGAUAAGAACAUAAUCUGGGAUCCGAUCCUGGGAUAUAGGGACAGUGUGGAAGGGACCUGGAUUCAGGAGGCUAAGAUCAAAAAGGUAGCAUUUCCAAACUCAGGAGUCCCAGGGCACAUCCAGACAGCCCUUUAAAAAUGGUAACUCCCACAUUUUCAAGUAGGGCGUCCAAACGAUGCCCCACGUAAAAAUGAAUUCAUUCACCACAAAGCUUUUGGGGCCAGUGUGUGGCCCCAAAACUCAGGUUGGCAUGGACUUUUCCACUGUCUGGAUCUGUCCCCAAUCCCUCCACCAUGUUACCUUCACAUUUUUGGAGUAUAGAACCUAACUUCAGAAAAUUGAGGUCAUGAGAAAGAAGAUAAUAUGGGUUCCACUCUGUGGCACAUGGUGCCCCAUUCCAAAGAAUGUGGAGGAAGCUAUCAAUGGGUGAUUUCCCCCUUGGCCCAAGAUUUCCAUUAUUUAUUCAGGAAGUUGCCAAACUGGUGGUAACAUGAGAACAGGCUACUCAAUAUAUAGUGUACCACCAAGAGCUCUCUGAUAACAUCCAGUGCUAUAUCCACACCAGUUUCACCCAUUCAGUGCCAUGUAAACUGUAAACUUAAAAUGCUAUGGAUUUCUGAAAUUUGUAGUUUAGUGGGAGAAUGCUCCCCUAGAAAAUUAUCAUUUCCUCUUCUGAACUACAGUAGAGAGUUCCAAGUUCCACAACUAAACUACAAAUUCCCGGAUUCCAUAGGAAGGAACCAUGGUAUCAAAGUGCAGUAUUUGUGAAGUGCAGAUGUGUCCCGAGGAUCUGUUGAAAAGUGUGAGUUGUGAAUAAGCCCUGGAGACUUGCACCCUUAAAAUGUGAAGUGGAAAUGUUAACACUAUUAUGAAAGUAUCAGAAUGCUGGACGUGGGCAGGUCUUCCCUUUGGAGUGAUAAGGCCAAGUGUGUCAAUAGCACAUCUCAUUACUCUCUUAGCGUCUUUGUGAUCACUUCCUUACUGAAAGCGAAUAGCCGUUAACUCAGUGUAUGUAUUCAGGAAUCAGGGAUGCUUUAAACAUGGCAACGUUCUUAAGUCAUCUCUGACCGAAUGCAAUAAUGGAUGCUCUUUUUUCCCUUUUACUCAUUUCUUAUUUGUGCUAACAGGAAACCUAGAUGACAGACAGGCAUCUUCUGAUAUGUAACUAGAGAUAUUUUUAUAGAUACCGUAUUCAAAUAUGUGUGUACAGAGGUUAAUAUUAGAGUUUAUUGAGUAACUUUUUAAUUACAUUUGUGUUUUUGAUUGGAUAUCAAUUCUGGAAAUACGCCACAAAGAUUUCAUAUAAAAGAUGGUCCUUCCAUAACAUCUACAUAAGGAAAAAAUGUGUUAAAAUAUGUCUGCUUUUUUAAUUACAUGUAUUUUUUACACUAACUCUGUUUCUUACAAAAAAUCAGGUACGAUAGAACAAUCUUUUUUCUGUGCCCUUCGUGGGCUGGCAGCUGGGUGCACCCAGUGUGGCUUGAUAAAUAUUACUUUGUAGGUGUAUUUUCAAUAAAAAAAUAGUUUUACAUUA